AUGGAUAAAAAUGAUAAGAAAAAAACUUCAGUUGGAGAAUCGAUCGUACCUGAUGGUGGAUGGGGAUGGGUCGUUGUCUUUUCAUCAUUUUUAAUUCAUUUCAUUAUGGAUGGGAUAACAUAUUCAAUGGGUCAAACAUUCUUAGAACCUAUGCGGAAUAAACUUGGACUUGAUCGAGCUUCAGUAUCAACUAUUUUCAGUAUUUUGCCAGCUGUCACUCUUGGCGCAGGACCAAUCGCAACCGUUCUCACUAAUAUGUACGGAUGUCGUGCAGUGGCUAUAGGAGGUACUGUCGUUGCUGCUUUCGGUUUUUUUCUCAGUCGACUAUGGGCUAACAUCUGGUUUUAUUAUAUUACAAUUGGUGUCAUCGGAGGUCUUGGUUUUUCACUCAUGUACUUGCCAGCAAUUGUCUCUGUUGGAUUGUAUUUCGAAAAAAGACGUACAUUUGCCAUGGGUAUCGCUGUAUGUGGUUCAGGUGUGGGUACAAUGGCACUUGCCUUUAUCACAAAUGGAAUUGUCAAUAUACGCUUCUGGCUCAGUUAUGAGAAUGCAUUGCUUCUCGAAUCUGCUAUUAUCAUGAUUAGUCUUCUGUGUGGCUUCUUGAUGCUUCCUCUACCACAAGAACCUAGUGAACAACGACGAUUAGAACGAAAAAUGCGUAAAGAAGAUCAACAAAAACAAAAUGAGGAACUUUUAAUUGCUCAGAAUGGUUCAACAACAUCGAAAAAUAAUCCGGCUGAAGUUGUCAUUAUUGAGAAAUCACCAAAGAAAUCUUUCUUUCAUGAAAUAAUCGAACAAAUCGAUUUCAAACUGCUCAAAAAUCUUGCAUUUACGCUAUUUGUUGUAUCCAAUUUUUUAGCAAGUCUCGGCUUCAAUGUAAUUUACAAUUAUGCUGAUGAUCUUGCAAAUGAUUCAAACGUUCAAAAAGAUUAUCGAUCAUAUAUUGUUAUGUCAAUUGGUUUGUCAAAUAUUUUCGGUCGUAUUAUCAUUGGUUAUUUCGGUGAUCGAAAAUCGGCAAGAAAAUUUUUUCAAUAUGAAAAGUUGACUUUGACAAAAUCAUUUGUGUUUUUUUUAGGCUAUGCAUCCACUUUUGGUUUCUUUUCGGGCGGUUACGUUACUUUAACAGCGAUCGUUCUUGUCGAUAUAGUUGGUAUUAAUAAAUUAUCGGAUGCAUUCGGUGUUCUUUUACUUUUUGUUGGCAUUGCAACUGCUAUUGGAACACCUAUUGUUGGAGGAAUGCGAGAUGCAUUUGCUCACUUUGCUCGACCUUUUCUUUGGCCUUAUUUUAUUUUUGGCGGUUUCACUAUUCUCAGCGGUGCCAUACUAUUUGCCAUUCCUUUGUUACAACGAAAAAAGUCAAGUGACGAACAAGUAGAGAUGGGUUGCGAUAAUAUCUUCCCGGAAAAAGAUCUAACAUUUGAAGAACAACAACAAAAAGUUUAA